CGCCCAGUGAAUAUCUUAUCUUAUGGUGGCUGCUCAAAAGCGGUAAACAUUUUUGUGGUUGUCUGUUUACCGUAAUUCAAAUUAAUGAUCUUGUGUAGCCAUUUAACGUAGGAAACUAUUUCAUUGCACAAUGAAAGUUGAUUUGUAAUGUGAGUGAGAUUGUGACAUGGAGGCUGGAACUUCUGCCCAGGCGAACUUCAACUUUGACACGACAGACGUAGACGAACUACCUUUGCAGUCAGGGGACAUUGUUCAAAUUAUAGAGAUCGUGGAUGAGAAUUGGGCAAUCGGAACAGCUAAUGGAAGAACGGGACGAUUUCCUACCAGCUUUGUGUCACCGGUCGAAGAACCAGGCAGUGCAGGAACUAAUUAUCGCAGCGGAGAGUUUGUUGUUGCUAUAGAAACAUUCUUAGCUGACACUGAUGGUGACCUUGGUUUUAACAAAGGUGAUACAAUUGAAAUUGUCACACAAGUAGAUGAGAAUUGGUUGAGAGGUCGUAUUAAUGGCAAAGAAGGAAUUUUCCCGUGUACUUACAUCAUUCAACAUGGAGGGACAAGUCAAAGUGGUUUAACCUGCAGAGUGAUUACAAGCAGCGUUGGCCAACUCAGUGAUGAAUUAACUGUCUCUGAAGGUGAUGUCAUUACUAAUUUGGAAAAGGUUGAUGAUGAUUGGUUUAGAGGAAGCUGCAAUGGCAGAACAGGAUUGGUUCCAGCUCUGUGUGUAGAAAUCAUUGAAGAUAACACCCAUGGUGGCAACACUGCCAGUGUUAAUUUUAAUUUAGAAGACUUCAGUUCAGUAGUCAAGCAGGGUGAAGACAUUAGUCAUGUUAAAUCUGAAGCAAUUGGCACAGAACCUUCUGUGACAGAAUCUUCCGGUAGCUCCCAACCGUCAGCAAUAUCACUCUUUCCCUUUAGUGCAGAGUCCAAAAAAGAAUUAAGUUUCAUGGACAAUGAGCAAAUCAGACUUUUGUAUCGAAUUGAUAACGAUUGGCUCGUCGGAAACAUUGAUGGCAAUGUUGGGAUGUUUCCAGCAUCGUUUGUCAACGUGGUCGUUGAUGUUCCGGACGGCUAUGAUGAACGACCACAGAGUUACAAAGACUUGUGUAAAACUGGUGUGAAUUCUAAAGAAAUUGAAUCAAACAAUAGUAAUAAUAUAGAGAAGCCUGGUAUUCUUGAAUUACCUAAUGCAAAUCAGGGAAAGAAAGGAAGAGUGCUUUUUGAUUUUGAAGGACAGACUGAACAAGAUCUAAGUGUCAAAAAAGGGGAUGUCAUUACAAUUGUUGAACAAUUGGACACUGAAUGGUAUGAGGCUCAGAAUGAUAUGGGUAGUAUUGGUUUCAUUCCAGUAAGUUAUGUUAAGGUAUUGGAGAAACUAAAGUCUCCAUCUUUAAAACGACAAGCCCCACCUCCACCCAUUAAGAAAAGAACCCCUGUCGGUAAGAAACCCCCACUUCCCGCCAAGUCGGCGAAGGCUGCUGAAUUGGUGCCAAACAUUCCUAACGGAGCGAGUGAAUUGUUAGAUAUUUUUGGACCCAUUCCGGAUACUUCAGGUAAUUCCAAGGAUAAUUCCCCAGUAAUUCUGAGCCCAGUAAAUAGACCAAAGCCAGCAUUAGCACCUAAGCCAUCUCCCACUCACAAACCAGUUAAUACUGUGACAAACUUACUUGACUUAGACCCAUUCCCAGUCACUGACACAACAAGCAUUCCUUCAUCAGGUCCAUCAGGAAAUUCUUCAAAACCAGUAUUUUUGCCAUCAAACCUUCCAAGAACAGAAAAACAAGGUGCGUCUUCUGUAAGCCCUUCAAUUUCAAGUACAGUGGGCUCAACGCUUAUUGAUUUUAGUCCUUCGGACAAACCGCAAACGUCUGUAUUAACUCCAGUCAUUCAUAAUUCAAGUGCAAUAACAACAGACCAGCCACAAUCUCCAACAAAAGUGAUAGUGAAGCAAGGGUCUGUUGAUAGUCUCUCUGGUAUUCUAACUGCCAAGCCAUUUGGUGCUGCAUCAACUACUGUGCGAUCAGUGCAUAGGCCAGUCGCAAAGACCUCCCCAGAAAAGCAACCAGCACAAAGUAACUUCAGUUCAGGAGCAGUAGAUAUCUCCCUCGCUAAUGUAUUCAACCAGAAAGUAAAUAGUGCAUUUGAUUCUGUGGACCCUUUGCUGGAAUCAUUUGGAACACCAGUUACUACUUCAGAUUCAUUUAAUCCAUUCAAUGCAAAUGAUAAUCAGCAAAUAAUUCCUUCAAAAAACACUGCACAACCAUCCACAUCAAAAACAUCAGAUACAAGCUCCACAGCUCGGAACAUUACUCCAUUUUCAGCAGCUGUUGAGGAGAUCUUCGCCAAGGGCACUAAAGAGAAGGUUCCGCCUAUUCGCCAACCAUCACCGAAUCCAUUUGCGCCAGCUACAGUGGAAGAAAGCAAAGAUUUGAAUAAGGCGUCAGCAAAUCCUUUCAGUGCUGAAGAUAACUUGGGAUUUUGCGAUGAUUUUGAGGUGGAUACUCAGCUUGGUAAAAUGCCAAGAGAUGAAAGCGUGAACUCUGAACUCUCAUCUGAUGAUUUUAAUUCUUUGAUGCCAAGUUUUGUUAUUAAACCAGUUGAUACUAUUGAACCACCAUCUGAUACAAAAUCAGCCUUUAUUUUACCUCCUCCCCCAUCACCUGCUAAGCGCACCGGAUUACAUAUUGAUAAACCAAAACCAAAAAAGUUUAAUCAGAAUUCAGCCGUACCUCGUCCAAGACCUCGCCCACAGAGCAUGACGAAUAAUGGGCAAGGUGGUACUUAUAUUCCGGAACCAAGUUUCCCCUUGAUUGCAUCUCAGCAGGCACUAUUAACAAAUGACCUAGUUGGUUUUGAGGUCAGUUCCAACUCUGCAACUGAUAUUACAGAUGAUGAUGCUGGACAACCACCUCCUGCAUAUCCCCCACCAGAACUCCCGUCUGAUGUCGAUGAUGGUAUACUGACUGAUGAAUCGUCGCUAGUUGUUGGUGACCUCCUGGGUCUAGUUGGUUCUGACACCGUACAAGAUGAAGAUGUAAAGCCUAGGAGAAGUGCACCCUCUAGACCACUCAAAGAACCGACAAAGAAAAACGUCCCUCCCCGACCAGCGCCACCUAGACCAGUAAACAUGCCAAGGUACCAACCAUAUAAACAAGGCGAAGAAGAAGUACUUGUACAAAGACAGGAAGAUGUUACAGCAGUAGAUGCUUCCCAAACAAAGGACAUGGUUGCAGCACUAAAAGCAAGCAUGGCAGAGUUUCAAAGUGAAUUGGAGAGACAAACCAAAGAGAAACAGCAGCUGGAACAAGAGAUGUCUUUCCUCGAGUGUGAUGCAUCCGACAAUGUAAUGGUUGAAAAAUACAAUGAAGUUGUUCACAACAUCACUCAACUGACUGACAAAGUAGCAUCACUAAAAGAACAAAUAGAGGAGUUGGAGCCAGACGAGAAGCAAGCAGCCAAGAAGAAGAAAGCAGAGAUGCGGGAAAAGGUUGUGAAUGAGCUUCUGAACACCGAAGAGGCUUAUCAACGCGACAUCAUACUUUGCCGUCAAGGUUUUAUGACCAUACUAGAAGACAAAGAGGACGAGAUAAAUGUAAUUCUUGCCAUGGAGGUUGAAGAUUCAUCCGAGAAAUCAGAGGAUAAAAAGAAGACUAAAGGCUUAGAACUUGACAUACUCUUCGGGAACAUUGAUCAGGUUAUUGAAGUUUCUGGGAAGUUUUUAGAAAGUCUUAAAGAAACGAUUGUUGAUGUCCCUCCGCAAGAUCAGCUGAUAGGUGCUUGCUUUAUGGAACACUGUAAAGAUCUAGAAGAAGUCUACAAACAAUACUGUAGGAAUCACGAUGAUGCAACCGCACUGCUAGAAAAAUAUGAAGAAAAUAAUGAAAUAUUAGAAUAUAUCAACCAGGGUUUGGAGGUUGUGAGGAAAAGCACAAAUUGUUGGGACCUGGCAUCAUUCCUCAUAAAACCAGUUCAAAGAAUUCUCAAAUACCAGCUUCUGAUUGGUGAACUAGACAAGCAUACCGAUGAUAACCACAAAGACAAAGAGAAUAUUAAGAAGGCAUGGAAAACAAUGCUGGAUGUGGCAGGGUCCAUCAAUGAAUUCAAGAGAAGAAAAGAUAUUGUGGUGAAAUAUCGCAAACAACAAGCCGCCAUAACAGACAAGUUAGGACGCAUUAACCUACACUCCUUCAAAAAGAAGACCACGAGAAUGAACCAACGCUGGAUACAACUUACAGGAUUGAGUGCUCAGACUAUAGAUGAGGAAUUUGAGCAGCAUGAAAAGAGAUUCAAUACACUGGAAAAAACAAUAAAGAUAUUUGUCAAGGACAUCAACGCAUACCUAGAGCAUCUUAAAGAUGCAACUGCUGCUGAAGCUAUUGUAGGAGCUGACAUAUCUGAGUAUUAUGCGAAUCAAUCCAAUCUUAAACAGGUUAAUAAAUAUGAAGCAGUUCAGAAAAGGAUAGCAAAUAAGCUUUACAAAAACUACACCUUGUUUGUCCAGCAACGAGUGAUUUCGCCGCUAAAUCUCUUGCUGAUCAUGUUCCAGGGACCACAUAAACUCAUCCAAAAACGAUACGACAAGUUGCUAGACUAUGAUAGCUGUAUUAAUAAAGUGGAAAAGACCAAAGAUAAGGAGAAACUUAAAGGGAGACAAAAGGAUAAGAUAGAGCGACUAAAGGAAGAAUUUGAGGAAGAUGUUGAUGGCAAUUGUGUUCGUAAAAAGUCAAGAGAGGUGACAGAUGAAAAGGAGGUUGCACGUAAGAACUAUGAGGCUUUGAAUAUCCAGCUAAAAGAUGAACUACCCAAACUAUGUGAGAUGUCUAGCUCAUUGUUCAAAGAGUGUGUGGCAGCUUAUAUUGAAGCAGAGAGUGACCACAUCCAUUCGACACUCAAACAACUUCAUCCUUUGCUAGAGUUACCAAUUGUAAAAUCCUCCUGCACAGACAAUGUGAUGGACACAUUUGAGCAGAGUCAUGUGAGUGAGGUUGAGAAGACCAAGCAGUUCAGCUUUGUCAGUAGCAGCUUCGACAAGAAAGAUCAAAAAGAGAAGAAAUCUGUUAAAAGAGUCCCAAGUACAGACCAGAUGCUAUCCCAGGCGAGUUCAGAGGUCAAGCCAAAACAAACACAGGCCAAUAAAGAACAGGUGAUGACACGAUACAGUAAUGAACAGCUUCAUCUGGUGACGGCCAGCUUCAAGGCAGCGGAGGAUUUGGACAUGACGGUAAUGCAGGGUGAAAUAAUCGGCGUCAUCAAGCAACAGGAUCCUAGGGGAGGGCAGGAGAGGUGGUACAUUGAUAAUGGAGCUUCCACUGGAUUUAUACCACCGACAAUUUUAACACCUUACAAGUUGCCAUCGUAUGAGCAAGCGUUGUCUAUUCAGUAUUAUGCAGCGUGGGAAUUUACUGCCACAGGACCGCAUGAGGUGAGCCUAGAGGAAGGCUGUUUAGUUAGUGUCAUCUCUUCCAAAGAUAUGGAGGGUAAUUCAGAAUGGUGGCUAGUGGAAAGUGAUGGACAACAAGGCUAUGUACCCGCUGCAUAUAUAAAACCAUUACAAUAAUACCAGAUAGUCCAACAGCGGUGUACCUAUUGUGUAUUAUUCAAGCCAGUGUGUAUAUUAGCUAAGGAAGAUAUGGAUGUGUACUUACUGUAUACAGUAUUAGGCCAAUAAUAAUACUAGCUAAGGCCAACAAGACUUGGGAAUCUGCUGCAUGUGUGUGAAUAUAUGUUGCCAGGGUUUAGAAUACUUGUCUUACAGGUUGUUAGAUAGGCAAGGGACAUCAAAGUGGAAAUCAGAAAAAAUGCCAUUAUGAAAAAAUGCCAGUAGGAAUGAACGCCACAAUGUAAAAAAAUCAUUUCACGAUAGGGUAUUGUUCAAGGCGCAGAGGGGAACUACCAAACCUAAUAUUAAUAUUAAGCAAGUUAACUCAAAAUUUCCAUUUAUGAGGGAUGUUAAAAUAUAUUAAUGGAACAGGUUAGAUGAAGAAGACAGAGACAUAUGUAUAUUAUUAGUAAUUUAUAUUUAUUUGUGUCAUUAUUAUUUUAUCUUUUUUCUUUUUUGUGAUCUGUCAUGUCUCGGUUAAGGACCACAAUGCAAAUAAGCACUUCUGAGCUCUUUUGUGUUAUCCUUCGUGAAAUUUUGUUAAUGUGUUAUUUGGAGAAUCACUGAAUAAUUUGAAAUGAAAUGAAAUAAUUAGGUUGUAUUUUAAGUAACUACAGCAUAAUUUACUUAUUUAUAAAGCUGUAUUUAUUUUAGUAAAUGACUAUAUGAUGUUAAAUACUGUACAACCUUAUAAAUCAGGAAAGUUUUAUUUAAUUAUAUAAAUAAAUUAAGUAAUGAUACUUAAAUUGGUACAACCUAAUAAGAUCUGUAAUUAGGCUGUAUCAUUUAGUUUUGCACAAAACAAUACCCCUAUUAUGAAAUGCUUUGUUCCAUUGUGUGGUGUAUUCCUACUGGCAUUUUUCUACAUCUAUCCAUCUAUAUUCCCACCUAUAUGCUAUUCUUUUGUAUGUUUUGUACACAAUUGAGACGUAGCAAUCUAAAAAUACAUUUGAGAUGAUUGUUGUGUUUUAUUGCUAUUGGGGAAUAUUUCUAUUCGUCUUUUUAUGCCGUAUGGCAGCAGAAAGCUAACUUAAUAUUUACCAGAAAUUCAGUUACCAUGGAAAUUUAGUAGAAAUACAAUAGCAACAUCUUCAGCAUCAGUUUUAGAAACUCUUUGCUAUCAGGUUUGAGAGCGUUUUUGAUGCCACAUUGACAAUACAAUAAUAGGUUAAUGAACAAUAUUACAAAUUUUAAAAGCAACAUACAAAGCUAUUAGACCUAAAGUACAUAUUUUUAUAUAAAGAUUAUUUGCAA